AAUGGAUUGUACUAACCGAGUUGGUAAAAAUAUUAUAAAUUGAAUGAAGAAAAAGCCAAUGAAAUUGAAAAUCUGAAAUCAAAUAGAGAAACACAAAGAAGAAGAAAAAAGAAAGUGUAUUAGGUAAAACACAAUGGGUGUGCUUCCAAAGAGAAUAAUCCUAAUGCGUCACGGCGAGUCUCAAGGAAACCUUGACACGUCAGCAUACACCACCACACCCGACCACAGCAUUCAGUUAACUCCGCAGGGCAUCGCGCAAGCUCGCCUCGCCGGCACCAAACUCCGCCGCCUCGUUUCCGGCGAAGGCUGCUCCCCGGACUGGCGUCUCUACUUCUACGUAUCUCCUUACGCCCGAACUCGAUCCACACUCCGCGAAGUUGGUAGAUCCUUCUCGAAGAAGCGCGUGAUCGGCGUCAGAGAAGAGUCGCGUGUUCGAGAACAGGAUUUCGCUAACUUCCAAGUUCAAGAGCGUAUGAAAAUCAUCCAGGAAACUCGUCAACGUUUUGGUAGAUUCUUUUAUCGCUUUCCUGAAGGCGAGUCCGCCGCUGAUGUUUUCGAUCGCAUUUCCGGUUUCUUUGAAUCGCUAUGGAGAGACAUAGAUUUGAACAGGCUUCACCUGGAUCCAUCUAACGAUCUGAAUCUGGUGAUAGUUUCUCACGGAUUAACGUCGCGGAUUUUCUUGAUGAAGUGGUUCAAGUGGACGGUGGAGCAAUUUGAGCAGCUGAACAAUUUCGGAAACUGCGAGUUUCGCGUGAUUCAGCAAGGAAGUGGUGGAGAGUAUAGUUUGGCUGUUCAUCAUACGGAGGAAGAGAUGCUUGAAUGGGGACUUUCUCCUGAUAUGAUUGCUGAUCAGAAAUGGCGUGCAACUGCACCAAGAGGUGCUUGGAAUGAUCAAUGUUCUUGGUACCUUGACGCUUUUUUUGAUCAAUUUGCUUCAGAAUCUGAUGAUGAUGAUGAUGAAGAUAUUAAAAAUGGAGGUGAAACUGAAAGUUGAAACUAAUAAGUAACUAACUCAUUCAAUAGGUUUUUUUUUGUUUUUUUAUUUCAAUGAUGAUAACUGAAAAGAAGAAAUUCCAAUAGAAAGAAUAAUAAUUUGAGAAUUUAGAAGUUCUUAGUUAACCUUUUAUUGAUUGUAGCAGUUUUAUGCAUGUGUAUUAUUAUUCAUUAAUAUGUCUAAUAAUAAUAGUUUAAGUAA